CUCAUAAUAAAUUAACACCUAAGCCCUUUCAAGCAAAUGUUAGCUUUUCAUCAAUAAAAAAUCAUCAGUAGUGGGCACUUAAAAAGCUUAUGAUCACCAUGACUGUUGCUUCUUCUUCUUCUUCUUGGGUGUUGUUCUUCUUAGUUGUGGCAGAGCUCGCGUGCGGCAUGUCGAGCCUGAUUGGAUUGGGUUCGAGAUUGUUAGCGAGGGAGAACCAAAUAUGGGUUUCUGAGAAUGGAACUUUUGCAUUUGGGUUCACUCCGGCGGUGGACUCAUGGUCGCGUGGUGAUCAGUUUAUAUUGGGUAUUUGGUUUGCUCAACUUCCCGGAGAUCGAACCUUGGUUUGGUCGGCUAACAGAAACUCACCCGUCGGCAAAUCCGCAAUCUUGGACUUGGACGCCACCGGCAACCUCCUCCUACUAGACGGCGACACCACCGUCUGGACCUCCAACACCUCCUCCGCCGCCGUCCACUCCGCCGUCAUGUCCGAAUCCGGCAACUUCAUUCUCUACACCUCCAACCAAACCAUUGCAUGGCAAAGCUUCUCUCAUCCAUCUGACACCCUACUCCCCAACCAACCAUUAACGGUCUCGCUCGAGCUCACUUCCCCAAUCUCCCAUUCCCAUGGCGGUUACUACACUCUCAACAUGUUGCAACAACCCACUUCGCUCAGCCUCGCUCUCAGCUACAACAUGCCGGAAUCUUACAACAACUACUCCUACUGGUCUGGACCCGACAUCUCCAACGUAACAGGUGAUGUUGUUGCUGUCUUGGAUGAAGCAGGGAGCUUUGGGAUUGUCUAUGGUGCUUCUUCUAAUGGUGCUGUGUAUGUCUACAAGAAUGAUGGCGACAAUGGUGGAUUAUCUUCUUCAUCGAAUCAAUCCAUCAGGGUAUCCAUUCUUCGCCGGUUAAUUCUCGAGACUAAUGGGAAUUUACGUCUGUAUCGAUGGGACAACGAUGUCAAUGGCUCGCGCCAAUGGGUUCCUGAAUGGGCUGCUGUAUCGAACCCCUGUGACAUUGCUGGUGUUUGUGGAAAUGGGAUUUGUAGUUUGGAUCGAAGCAAGACAAAUGCUUCUUGCACAUGCUUGCCGGGUUCUUCCAAAUCUGGAACAGAGCUUCGGUGCUACGACAACUCAUCGCUCACAGGAAAAUGUGGACCUCAACAUCAGAACAUGACAUCUGAAUUCAAAAUUGAAACUGUGCAACAAAGCAAUUACUACUUUUCUGAUUCAUCAGUGAUAGCUAAUUACAGUGAUAUUGCCACGGUUUCAAAGUGUGGCGAUGCUUGCUUAUCGGAUUGCGAGUGUGUUGCUUCUGUCUAUGGACUUAGUCAGGAAAAGCCCUACUGUUGGAUUUUGAAGAGCUUGGAAUUUGGGGGAUUUGAAGACCCGGGUUCGACCUUGUUCGUGAAGGUUGGGUCCAAUGGCUCAUCGAGCUACACAGGAGGGUCUGGGGAUUCUUCGGGAAGGUCAAGGAAGAGUACUGACAAAGUUGUGGUACUUCCUAUUGUUCUGAGCAUGACUGUUCUUAUUGGGCUCCUCUGUUGCUUAUUGUACAUCAGUGUUCACAGAAGGAGGUCCUUGAAGAGAGCCUUCCAAAACUCCUUGCUUGUUUCUGGUGCUCCUGUAAAUUUUAGCUUCCGUGAUUUGCAAGUCAAGACUAAUAAUUUUGCACACUUGCUCGGAACAGGCGGGUUUGGAAGUGUAUACAAAGGAAGCCUAGGGGAUGGGACUUUGGUGGCAGUGAAGAAACUUGACAGGGUUUUGCCUCAUGGAGAAAAGGAGUUCAUCACUGAAGUGAACACUAUUGGCUCCAUGCAUCAUAUGAACUUGGUUCGUCUCUGUGGAUAUUGCUCUGAGGGCUCACAACGGCUUCUAGUAUAUGAGUUCAUGAAGAAUGGAUCCUUGGACAAAUGGAUUUUUCCAUCAUACAAAUGCCGAGGUAGACUGCUGGAUUGGUCAACCCGAUUCCAAAUAGCUGUUGGUACUGCACAAGGGAUUGCAUAUUUUCAUGAGCAAUGUCGGAAUAGGAUAAUACACUGUGAUAUUAAACCGGAAAACAUUCUGCUAGAUGAAAAUUUCUGUCCUAAAGUAUCGGACUUUGGACUAGCUAAGUUGAUGGGGAGAGAGCACUCACAUGUUGUCACAAUGAUUAGAGGAACACGAGGGUAUUUGGCCCCUGAGUGGGUUAGUAACCGCCCUAUAACUGUGAAAGCUGAUGUUUACAGUUAUGGAAUGCUUCUUCUGGAGAUUGUUGGUGGCCGAAGAAACCUAGACAUGACUCACGAUGCAGAGGACUUCUUCUACCCUGGCUGGGCUUUCAAGGAAAUGACAAAUGGAACACCGAUGAAAGUUGCAGAUAGGCGCCUAGAAAGAGUAGUAGAAGAAGAAGAACUCAUGAGAGCUUUGAAAGUUGCAUUUUGGUGCAUCCAAGAUGAGGUUUUCAUGAGACCUUCAAUGGGGGAAGUGGUGAAGAUGUUGGAAGGAUCGGUUGAAAUCAAUGUACCACCAAUGCCGACAGUUUUAGAGUUGAUUGAAGAAGGCUUGGAUCAAGUAUACAAAGCCAUGAAGAGAGAGUUUAACCAGUACAGCUCCUCCGCCAUCAGUAGUCAUCCAUCAUCCCAAUCCCAUGCUACGUGUAGUUAUUCUACAAUGUCACCUAGAUAACAAAGGCAACACCCAAAAAAUUAUCUUUUUGUUGAGAUUAUGUAAAUGUAAUUGAAACUCUAUGAUGCUCCCAAAGACUGCAUAGGAAUUGAUUGAUGUUGUAUGGUUCAUAAUCCCAUUUCAUUAAGAUGGCACAUAGAAAUUCAUAGAAGACUGUAAAUAUUCAAGAUUAGGAUUCAUUUACAUAAACCAAUUGUAAACUAAAUUUAAUUUCAAACAUCGUCCAUAUGAUGGAGGAAAUGUAACCAAUCAGAUCAUCACUUGGACCAAAGCGUGGCACCUUCAUAUUUGAUUGAAACCAUAAUGGGUCGGAGGUCUGAGAUGAGAUUAGUUGAAUGAAUGAAGCCACUACUGGCAGCA